AUGGCGCCACAGCGACGCAACUCUUUGACUGAGGAUAUAUACCGUUUCUUGCAGGAGCUUGAAGAGAACAAGAUCCGGUCCACAGCGACAGGAAGCUCCGAAUUUACCCCGUUGAGAGUACGUCCAGAAACGCCCCGGCGUGCCUCGAUCUCGUCUCAAGAUGCUCGCCGCCUCCCAGAGACGGACGUUUUGUCCAUCACCAGUGGUGAGACUCCUCGCUCCUCCAUCUUUGACCCGAUCGAGUCUUCAUCCUCCAUCUCAUCGGUUUUACCAGGGCAGCGACUCCCGUGCGAAUUCUACUGGUACGACGAUUGCGAACAGACAUUUGAUCUCCGUGACAUCGACGGUUGGGUAGAUCACGUUGCUACCCACCACCUCCACAUGAUGCUUCCAAACAAAUGCUGUUGCUGGUUUUGCGAUGAGAUAGUGUUCCGCGCCCGACCGAACAACCCGCAGCAGCACUGGCUCUGUUAUACGGAGAGAAUGCAUCACAUUGCAGGUCACUAUCGUCGGGGUGCGACUAUCAACGACGUUCGCCCUGACUUUUACUUUCUCCACCAUCUCUGGGUGAAUCGCUUGAUUACCAGAGAAAGCUUUCAGCGUGCCAAAAACUUUCACGAAGCGCCUCAGCCGAAACAUGGCAUCCACUCCGUCCCAGAAGCGCCGAGUGCAAAUCGGGAAGCGGUUGUAUGGGUGCAGUCUGGCCCACCUAGAGGUAGCUCGCGACGUCGUCACGAACCUCGAACCGGUUACUACCGAUAA